AAAAAUCGUCUCAACUUUUCACCAUUCGGGAAUGCGUUUACUGCUUUGCGUUGCGAAUAAAGUUUAUAACUUAUAUUUCUAUCAUUGAACUUGUAUUCGAGAAGACCUUGUGCACAGUAGACACGAUCAUUUUAUCAUCGAAAACAUGUGUUAUUUUUAAAGAAUACUUCUGCACGUAAUAGAUUAUUCAUUAAUAAACACUUUGUGAAUGUUGCAUCAAAGUAGGGCACCGUGAGCAUGUGUAAAUAAACAAAGAAACAGUCGGUUCGAUCGUAUGUUCUAGACGUUUUGCUCGCCACCAUGGGAGGAUUUGUGACUGUUUAGGGAGUAUGGAGCGUUUGUAUCAUGACCUAAACCUGGCCCUAGAGGAGAGUAACUGCGGCCGGCAGGAGCGACGCAAGUUAGGGCUUCGGCGACGGACCCGCUCGGCGGGGAACCUGCCGGCCGCAGUAGCAGUAAGCCUACUCACAGAAGAUGGGAGCUCCAGCAGCCCUCCACAGGCACCACUAAUAACACAGCCACUGUCCGACUCCGAUGACCCUCAACUCAAUCCCCACAAGGGCCUCAAGUCCCGACAUUACUGUCAGAUCGGCAAUUUUGAGUCUGACUCCUUCAAUGAGAACUUUUCACCCACCCGGCCCUCAAAUGCGAGGAGAAAACGGAAGUAUAAGAAGAUGCCGGUGGAGUAUACAGAAGGAGACCGAUCUCCCCCGGUGGAAAUUUUGACUAUUACAACUGAGCCGAAUACAUCACCAUCCACAAUAAUGCUACAAUCACAGGGUCUGACGCCACUCGACUAUAUGCACCGCCAUAAAUCGUUUCUAAAACAUGAAAGAAAUGCUUUCUGUGGCAAAAGGAAAUGGUCGCACAGAGACAAAGGAGAUGUCUGUGAAAUGAGAGAAAGAUCGUUCAGCGGCGGCUGCUCGUCCAAAUCUACCUUCUUCUCCAAAAACGACUUCAAAUCGAAGAAGUACGAAACAGACAAAAAGAGAAAAGAACCAGUCCUACAGCCUGGCAAGAUUGUCCUCAAAUCCCAGAACACAGAAGGAACUAAACCCUCUAGCUUUACAAACACUCCAUCUCUGCCUGGGAGCUCUAGUUUUAACUUUGUCUAUAAGAACUCAUCUAAAAACGGCACGCCAACUUUGUCGAAAAUGACCGGCUAUAAAAUUGCCACUGACUUGCCCCCGUUUUUCAACCCAACCACAAGUACAGGGAAACAUUUUGACGGAAAGAUGUACAGAAAAUCAAAGAUCAACAAAAGUCAUCCGCCUAAUUCCCUAAGAAAUCCCUUGUUGUUUGAUGAUCAGAAUAGUGGAAUGGACUGCGCUGGAAACGAGUCUAGUUCUUUAAGCAGUAGCGACUCAGAUGGAGUCGUAACUAAUGAUAGUGACAGGGAAGGAGAUGAUGAACUAACAGACUGGCCGGGCAUUGAAGAACUCAAAGUCUUCAACAAGAGUUUAACCUUCAAAUCGUCCAAAUCCGUGAACAACAACUCUCCAAAAUCAGUCAGCAACAUGCCACCUCCAAAACGGCUGAAAAAAGAAAAGAGUCUAGUCAAAAGCGGUUGGGCCAGUUGCAAGAAUAGAUUUAAGAAGAAACGAUCUAACAUAGACUCAGGGAACGAUGACGAUGCUAUGAUGUCAGACUCGAAAACCGUCGUAGAUCUCGAAGAUGGAAUCUUGAAAGAGAACAGAGAUAUUUUACAGCCCCAUUCUUCUUUUUCCACGUUCAGCGAUAUAAAAAAUGCAGGAAUAUCCGGGCAAAGCGCGAAUGAGUCCUUCUUUCAAUCAUUUUUAGCUUUUCAAGAAAAAACGGGCGAUCAGGAUGGGUUCCAAACGCCACGAACGAAUUUUUCUUUACAAAAGACUUCUUCUAGUGAUCUAAAUGUGAGUGAAAGAAGUCCACAGAGCGAUCAUUAUUUCAGCGAACAUUCCAUGGGCAUAGCCACUGUGACUGAGGUGAGAGAAAUUAGGGCGGGCUGUCGGAGAAUCAGAGAUGAAAGGCCAGGGUUUUUAAUUCUCAGCGCAGCCAAUGAGCAGCUCUCAAAGUUCCUUCAGGAUUCCUGUCAGUCGGAGCUGAAGUUGCCAAGUUUAAAUGACCCUGAGGAAAAGGAGAAGCUAGAAUCACUAGCGAAGCUGUAUUCACUUGAGCUGCAGGUGGAAAUGGGACGGCCAGUUUUAAGGAAAACUAGCAACACAAUGCAAGCCAUAAGAGUUGAGCAUUCCUACUACAACUUCCCGUCGGAUCACAAACGGCGUUGCUACGGCGAGGACCAAGACUCGAGUCUCAGUGAUCCGGUUAACUCGAACGAUGAAGACAAAGACUUUGCUGAAGACUCGUUCUCGCAUUCGUUGGUGGAUCGAUCGCUGCUGCAUCCAGGGCUGGAGUCUCAGUGACCCGGGAACUCGAACGAUGAAGACAAAGACUUUGCUGAAGACUCGUUUUCGCAUUUGUUGGUGAAUCGAUCGCUGCUGCAUCCAGGUGAAAUUGAUUGAAAGUUGGAAACCGGUUAAUUUACGAAACCGGUUUUUAUCUUUGACUUCAACUAUAAACGACAGUUUAGGUUAGAUUAUAACACCAAGGCUGAAGUCUCAAUGACUCGGGAACUUGAACGAUGAAGACAAAGACUUUGCUGAAGACUCGUUUUCGCAUUUGUUGGUGAAUCGAUCGCUGCUGCAUCCAGGUGAAAUUGAUUGAGAGUUGGAAACCGGUUAAUUUGCGAAACCGGUUUUUAUCUACGAUACAUAUACGACGUCUACUAUAAACGAAAGUCUAGGUUAUUAACUGGUUGAUUAUAACAUCAGGACUCGAGUCUCAGUGACUGCUAACUCGAAUAUUCAAGAUAAAGAGAUUGUUGACUCGUUCUCGGAAUUGUUGGUGGAAAGCUCGCAGCUGCAUCAAGGUGAAACUGAGAGUAGGAAUCCGGUUAAUUUUUCGAAAUCGGUUUCUGUCUUUGACGUAAACUUUUAACGUCAACGAUUUAUGGUAUUAAAGUAAAUGCCCCAGAGCUCGACAUGCUAAUGCCUAUAGUUGACACCCUGAUGUCACUUCUAUUGCUAAUGUACGACUUAAGUUUAAACAUGACAUGUAUUGGGACCGUUACGACUUUGGAGUCUAACGGUGUUUUCAUAUUGGCUGUUCUAAAAUGUUAUAUACAUCGUAUGACAGGGACAACAUGAUAGUAUUGAUAGUGUUUUGUUCUGUUGUCCCUGUCACACAAUGGUCAUGUAAUAUUUUAUAACAGCCAAUGUAGAGGAGCACCAUUAUAUCGGUUAAUUUUGAUCGCAAGUUGGGUUAUUUGUUUACAUGAUGUUUUGGUUUACAAUUUUCGUAAACAGAAUAAUUUAUGAACUUAUAAAUGUUACACAGAACACUAUUUUUGGCGGCUUUACUUAUAAUAAAACCGUUGCUUUGACAAUAAUAUGGUAUUUCACGAGUACGUAGGGUAAACUGGAAAAUGCCCGCAGUUUGGUACGCUAUAUGUUUACUUUAUUUAUACGUCUAAUUAUUUAUAUUUUAGUGUUUAUGCACAAUGACGUCAAUGAGUUUAGUUUUUAGGGACCAAGGUGUUUGAUUUCAUGUAUACGUAAUUCUGAUGAUUUUACGAGGUUUUGAUGUUUUUCGUAUAUUCUUACAAGUUUGUUUCUAUCCAUUUAUAGGUAUUCAAACCGUUUUAAUAAAAUCACAUCAUUUUGUAUGAAAUUAUUCGUGGGUACAUGAUACUUGCACAGAAAUGAGUACUGAAUAUAUGUAUGCAUAAGCAUAAGUAUUAUGCUAUGUUAAAUAUAGCACCAAUGUGGAAAAGACCGGCAUUUUUUUUUUUUUUUGCUGGGAAGUCUCUUAGGACCCAUAGGGCAAGAUCUCUCGUAUUUGUAUACGCACGUCGUUCAGACAAAUAGUUUAAAAGCCCCAAAAGAAAGAGCUUCACUCCUUCCGCUCUACUGACCUUGUGUAUGUGGAUUGUGUACAAACGCAAAAGCUAAAGCUACGAAAGAGCUUGUAGACGGUCUUCCCCACAUUGAUCUUAUACAAGGUGUAACAAAAUUAGUAGGGAUCCGUUUAACAUAUUCGGCAUCGUGCUUUGAGUAGGAAAAAGUAGAAGAAAAAAUGUUUUGACGCGAUAAUUUUUUGUACUUUGUAUGGAGGGUUUUAGCCGACUUAGACGACCUGCCACAUAGAAAAAAAUUUUUUCACCUCAAAAAUGUUUUCUUCGACUUUUUUCUAUCAGUAGGCCUAAGAUGGCCGGCUCUGUAUUCUUUGUCACCAUACCUGUCACCAGAGCCCGUACAUUUCAUGCCGUUGACAGAAAAAUGACGUCACGCUACAUAGAGUAUGAUUCCAAUUAGUAUUUUCGUAAUAAUUAAUCAUUUGUCAACCUCUUUAGGUAACUGAUACAUAUACUUGACAAUCAGUAUAAAAACGUCUAACUGACUUUCAUUUUAUUGUCACACAAAUAAAUAAUAGAUUAUUAAUUUAUGAAAAAAAAACAAGCUUUUAUUCACGUAACAAGUAUUUAUUAUGAUACCCAUCAAUAAGUAAGUUAUCUAAAUUUGUAGUAACUCCCUGUAUGUUAAAUUACGUCAUUUUUGCGUCAACGGCAUGAAAAGUACGGGCCCUGCCUGUCCCGUUCUAACAAGUAUGUAAGUGCGAAAGUGACGCAUAACAUGACAGGUGAUAAAAAUGGGUGAAUUAAACACGAUACCGAAUAUUUAGGUAAAACAUACGUAAUUUUAUGUAUAAAAGAUAUGUCGUUUUUAUGCAGUAUUCGCUGCUUUACAGCAAAGGUUAAUGUUAAUAACAUUGUAAAAUUGUUAAAGGAUUACGCACUGUUAUAAAUAUUUAUAAUGUUGAUAUAAGGACUACUGCCUGCUGGCUCAGGCGUAGAAAGUAGAUUUCACUUGAUAAGUUUACGUGUCGUGGGUUCAGCCUGCAGUUUUUGAAAAUUUGUAGCGCUUUUAAGAUCACACGGUUGCCAAAAAAUAUGAAUAGUAAUCUUAAGGCCUUUCUGUCGUAACAUCUUCGACUAUAAACCUGAUUAAACAACUUACGCUCGAUAGAAACAAAAUAGAUUACCUUUAAAAAAAUUAUAUAUUUUUUUAUACAAGCUACAAAUAUAUAAAUUGCUUCUGAAAAUGCUCGAUUUAAUUCUUGAACGAACUUAUCGAUGUCCUCUUUUUGUUAAUAAUUACUAAAAGAUAAUAAUUUAAUAACAAUGAUAUCUGCGAAUUCGGGCACGCUCGGCUGUCCACUCAGUGCUUAGCAAGCUGCAACCUGAACUCAUGGCGCCUUAAAGCUAUAGUGUUUGUACAAAAUGAAAAAUCGAACGUCACAGGUAGGCGAUUAGAUAAGUAGGCCAGGUAGGCACUAUAUAUAGAGUUGUGCCGUUUACGAGAAUGUUAGAAUCAGAAUUCUUUAUUUGUAAUGUUCUCCGUUUUGUAUGGAGAAUGUUCUCGCUCGGGACUAUAUCCCAUAGUAAACUGAGAACCUUCUCGAGAGCGGUACAACUCUUUAACUAUAUAUAUCUAUCAUAUCAUACCGCGAAAAUUACUCAAAUUUCAACUUUUUUCAAAAGUGAAAAACGUUUAUUGUACCAUUUUCUAUAAUUUGAAGACUAAUCAAAUCAAUUAUUGAACAUUUUUUCCAAAAGAUACACGCAAAUCCAGAAACACAUGCGGUCUUAAAAUAAGAAUUAACCAUUUUCAAUGUUUGUCACAUUUGUGCCGUUCGUUUUAUUUCAAAUUUCUUGGCGCCACUUGCACCAUCCUACUAACCCGGGGUUAACUGGUUAAACCGCUAACCUAGGUUCAAAUUGUACUGGUAACCAUAGUAACUACAGGUUUAACCGGUUAAACCUGGAGUACCACUACCAUACCAUAGUGCAAGUGGCUCUUAGAAGCGCUGAAAUGUCACUAAGGGCCACAUGCGCCAAUCACCAACCCGGGGUUAACCGGUUAAACCUGGAGUUACCAUGGUUACCAGUACAAUUUGACCAAAUUUGACACUGAGUUAACGGUUUAACCGGUUAACCCAGGUUAGUGGGAUGGUGCAAGUGUGCAAGAUGAAUAUUCAUUAAUAUCAUUAACGAAAAGGUACUUAAAAGUUGUAUUUCUGUGUGCUUAAGUAUUAUUUUGUACAUAUGGCUCUACGUAAAACCAAUAUAUUUUUAUAUUGAUAUGAUUGCAAUUAGAGCCACAGAUUAUUUGUCAAUUUUUACUUGAUUGUUGUGAUAAAAACACUGAUGGGGUAAAUUAUCAUCGAAGUCAACAGCCUUGUUGAUUGGUCUAACUUUUGAUUGAAUCCUAAAAUUUUAAGCAUGGGUGUUGUGUACAUAUUAGUUAGUAGUAAUUAUGCGCUAGGAUCUAAUAGUAAAUAAGCACUGAAAGUAAACUAUAGUUUCAAAAUAUACUUUUUAAUAAGA